GGGGCCGGGCCCGCCCGGCCCGUGACCUUGGCGGGGAGGGGCGGGGGGACACCGGGACACCGGCGGGACGGGUCCGGGACACCGGCGGCGAGAUGCACGGAGCGGCCGGGAUGGGGCUGGGGCUGGGCCUGCGCCUGCUCCGCCGGGCCCCGCCGGGGCUCGGGGGGGCCCGGCUGCAGAGCACGCAUGAGGCUGAGGCCGUGCUGCACAAGACUGGAGCCCCGGUGGCAGCGGCGACGGUGGCUGCGGCCCCCCCUAAGGCCCAGCCCGUCAUGGAGCAGUCCAAGUCCUUCGCCGUGGGGAUGUUCCUGGGGCGGCUGAACACGGAGCAGGUCUUCCCGUACCCCUCAGCGCUGAGCGAGGAGCAGGAGCAGACGCUGCAGGAGCUGGUGGGACCCGUCACCCGCUUUUUUGAGGAGGUGAACAACCCGGCCCGUAACGACGCGCUGGAGCGGGUGGAGGAGGCGACGAUGCAGGGGCUGAAGGAGAUGGGGGCCUUCGGGCUGCAGGUGCCCCCCGAAAUGGGGGGGCUGGGGCUCUCCAACACCCAGUACGCCCGGCUGGUGGAGAUCGUGGGCCAGCACGACCUGGGGGUGGGCAUCACGCUGGGAGCCCACCAGUCCAUCGGCUUCAAGGGGCUGCUCCUCUACGGGACCCCCGCCCAGAAAAAGAAAUACCUGCCGCGCCUGGCCACCGGGGAGACGGUGGCGGCUUUUUGCCUGACGGAGCCGGGCAGCGGCUCGGACGCCGCCUCCAUCCGGACGCGGGCGCAGCCCAGCCCCUGCGGCACCUUCUACACCCUGGACGGCAGCAAGAUCUGGAUCAGCAACGGGGGCCUGGCCGAGAUCUUCACGGUGUUCGCCAAGACGCCGCUGCGGGACGAGGCGACGGGGGAGACGAAGGAGAAGAUGACGGCGUUCAUCGUGGAGCGCGGCUUCGGGGGGGUCACGCACGGUGCCCCCGAGAAGAAGAUGGGGAUCCGGGCGUCGAACACGGCGGAGGUUCACUUCGAGGGGGUGCGGGUCCCCGCCGAGAACGUCCUGGGGGCGCCCGGGGGGGGCUUCAAGGUGGCCAUGAACAUCCUCAACAACGGGCGCUUCGGGAUGGCCGCCGCCAUGGCCGGCACCAUGCGGGGGGUCCUGGCCAAGGCCGUGGAACACGCCGCCACCCGCACCCAGUUUGGGGACAAGAUCCACAAUUUCGGGGCCAUCCAGGAGAAGCUGGCGCGGAUGGCGCUGCUGCAGUACGUCACCGAGUCCAUGGCGUACAUGAUCAGCGCCAACAUGGACCAGGGAGCCACCGACUUCCAGAUCGAGGCCGCCAUCAGCAAGAUUUUCGGCUCGGAGGCGGCCUGGGCCGUGACAGACGAGUGCAUCCAGGUGAUGGGAGGGAUGGGCUUCAUGCAGGAGGCCGGCGUCGAGCGGGUGAUGCGGGACCUGCGCAUCUUCCGCAUCUUCGAGGGCACCAACGACAUCCUGCGCCUCUUCGUCGCCCUCAACGGCUUCCAGACUUUGGGGGUGCAGCUCCGGGGCCUGCAGAAAGCCCUGAAGAACCCCCUGGGCAACAUGGGGGUCCUGGCUGGAGAGGUCACCCGCCGCCUCCGCAGGAACGUGGGGCUGGGCUCGGGGCUCUCCCUGCGGGACCACGUGCACCCCGACUUGCAGGAGAGCGCCCAGAAGACCCUGCAGUGCUUGGAGCUCUUCGCUCAGACGGCCGACGCGCUGCUGCUGAAGCACGGCAAGAAGAUUGUGGACGAACAGUUCGUGCUGAAGCGCGUGGCCGACAGCGCCAUCGACAUCUACGCCAUGGCCGUCGUCCUCUCCAGGGCGUCGCGGGCCCUGGCCAUGGGGCACCCCACGGCGCAGCACGAGCGGCUCCUCUGUGACACCUGGUGCCAGGAGGCCCACCAGCGGGUGUUGGCGACGCUGCGACCCCUCCCCACCGAGAGCUUCCGCAACCUGCGGGCCAUCGCCCGGGCGGUGGUGGAGAGCGGGGGGGUCGCCGCCCCCACCCCCCUCGGCUUCUGACCCCCCCCCCAAGUGGAGCUGCACCCCCAACCCCGCUCUGGACCCCCAACCCUGCUCUGGACCCCCAACCCCACUCUGGACCCCCCCAGUCUCCUCCUCAAUGCCCCCAACUCACCCCCAGACCCCCCCAACUUGACCCUGGACCCCCCCAAAUGGACCUGGACCCCCAAAGCUGAGCCCCCCGCCCAAUUCCCCCCUCCCAUCCCCCCCCGCCGCAAUGCCUUAACCCUGCCCCCCCCCCCCGGGCAGGCCAUCUCUUCUCAGCCCCCCAUUUUGGGGGAGGCGCAGCUUUGCUCCCCCUUGGGUGGGGGGGAGCAGCAACACUCCUUGGGGGGGGGGGGCUUUGGCCCCCCCCCCCCCAGAUCCAGGAUGGGAGUUUGGGGUGCCUUAAGGAAAGGCUGUUUUGAGGGUCCCCCCCUGGUGGUGGCAGUUUUGGAAGCCCCCCCCGGGGGGUUUGGGGACCCCCAGCGCCCCCCUCCCCUCCCUGGGGGGGGGGCUGAGUAGCCGGGGGGGCCCCCACAUGUUGUGGGG